CUGUCAGUAGAGCAUAGUUUGUUUUAGUUAUUGGAGACGAGAUAGAUAAAAACAGAUAAACUAUAGGCGGCAUUUUUCUUGUUACCAAAUUUGGCUAAAAAACAUUUUUAAUUGGCAAAGAUUUUACAUUCAGUCUAGAGACGCUUUGUAAAAACAAUGAAGACUGUGUUUAUGGUUGCAGAAAAGCCGUCGUUGGCUGCAUCGUUGGCAAAUAUACUGAGCAAUGGACGAAAUUCUAAUCGAAAAGGUUCGAAUAAUUCGUGUUCGGUACAUGAAUGGAAAGGGCUAUUUCGAAAUGAAAAUGUUCUAUUUAAAAUGACAUCGGUGUGCGGGCAUGUCAUGUCACUCGACUUCGUGGGUAAAUACAAUUCAUGGGAUAGAGUCGAUCCGGUUGAAUUAUUCACGUGCCCAACCGAAAAGAAAGAAGCAACACCAAAAUUACGAAUGCGACAAUUUCUUGGUCAAGAAUCAAAAGGAUGUGACUACUUAGUAUUAUGGCUGGAUUGCGACAAAGAAGGUGAAAACAUUUGUUUCGAAGUGAUAGAUGCCGUGUCACGUUCAAUUCGUAAUGUAUAUUCAAACGAAGUGACGUAUCGUGCAAAAUUCUCGGCCAUCACCGAAAAGGACAUUAAAUAUGCGAUGAACAAUUUAAUUCGGCCGAAUGAAAAUGAGGCUCGAAGUGUUGAUGCGCGACAAGAAAUCGAUUUGCGUAUUGGAUGCGCGUUUACACGUUUUCAAACCAAAUUUUUCCAAGGACAUUAUGGCGAUUUGGAUUCAUCGCUAAUUUCAUAUGGACCAUGUCAGACACCAACGCUUGGAUUUUGUGUUCAGCGACAGGAUGAAAUUCAAAAUUUUAAGCCCGAAUCAUUUUGGUAUGUUCAAUUGUCGGUUGGCAAUCCAGAUGUUACACUGGAAUGGGCCAGAAAUCGCAUUUUUACCAAAGAUGUUGCCAACUUCUUUAUGAACAACGUGAAAAAACACAAAGAAGCUUACGUUGAGAGCGUAACGGAGAAAGAUCAGGUAAAGCCACGGCCAUUGGCUUUGAAUACUGUUGAAUUGAUGAGAGCUGCCAGUAGUGGAUUGGGUAUUGGUCCGCAUAAUGCAAUGCAAUAUGCGGAACGUCUAUAUACUCAAGGUUUCAUCAGUUAUCCGCGUACAGAAACUACAAGCUAUCCACAAAACUUUGAUUUAAUUGGUGUUGUACGUUUGUUGCAGCCAUCAUCAGAAUUUGGAACUGAAGCGAAGGAAAUUUCACAAAAUUUCAAUUCACCACGACGUGGAACGGACUGUGGUGACCAUCCACCCAUCACCCCUAUGAAAUUAAUGAAUAGAGGUGAAUGUGAUAAUGAUACAUGGAGAGUGUACGAUUACAUAUGUCGUCAUUUCUUGGCUACUGUUUCACAUGAUUUACGCUACAAACAAACAACAUCAAGAUUUACGGUUGGUAGUGAGAAAUUUUCGUGCACAACCAAUAAGUUGGUUGAUCCGGGAUACACAAAAGUCAUGACAUGGCAGGCGUUUGGAAAGGAUGAUAUAGCCCAAACAUUUAAACAAGGCGAUUCAUUGAAAAUCAACGAAUAUAAAUUGGUCGAGAGUCAAACAGGUCCACCUGAUUAUUUGACAGAGUCCGAGCUAAUUACACUAAUGGAAAAACAUGGCAUCGGAACAGAUGCUUCGAUUCCGGUCCAUAUAAACAACAUUUGUCAACGAAAUUACGUGACCAUUGGAUCAAGUCGACGUCUAAUUCCAACAACUCUCGGCAGUGUUUUAGUUCAUGGAUACCAGAAAAUCGAUCCAGAGCUUGUGCUCCCAACCAUGCGCUCGGAUGUGGAAAAAGCAUUAAAUUUAAUUGCAGCCGGUUCGGCCGAUUUCAAUGCGGUUCUAAAGCAUGCCAUUGAAAUAUUUCGCAUGAAAUUUUUAUUUUUCGUUCAAAAUAUAACCGUAAUGGACUCACUAUUCGAGUCAUCGUUUGCAUCGAUUGCCGAUUCUGGAAAAGCAUUUUCACGAUGCGGUAAAUGUCGACGAUACAUGAAGUACAUUCAAACGAUGCCCGCCCGUUUACACUGUACUCAAUGCGAUGACACAUACACAUUACCAAAGGAUGGCACCGUUAGGGCAUACAAAGAGCUUCGGUGUCCGCUUGAUGAUUUUGAAUUGCUUGCAUUCUCGAGUGGAACUAAGGGUCGAUCUUUUCCAUUAUGUCCAUAUUGUUAUGCCAAUCCACCGUUUAAAGGAAUGCCAAAUAAAGGCGGUUGUAAUUCAUGUAUGCAUCCAACGUGCGCACAUUCGAUGAAUCAACUUGGUGUUUCUGUAUGUGAUGAAUGUGAUCGUGGCAUUCUAGUGCUGGAUUGUACAUCAGCACCGAAAAAGUGGAAAUUAGGCUGCAAUUCAUGCGAUGUCAUUAUAAAUAUUUUCAACAAAGCAUCAAAAGUGACAGUCAAUGAGAAUAAACAAUGUGAAGAAUGCUCAGCACAAUUGGUUACUGUUGUGUAUAAAGCCGAUCAAUCAAAAUUCAAGGACAAUGCCGAAGAGAAAACCGGCUGUUUAUUUUGUAGCAUCGAUUUUAUACCAUUGGUGGAAAAACAUCGGGCCGUUGCCACGAAACCAAUUCAAACGAAUUCCGUACGUGGUGGCAGAGGCAGAGGUAGUGUUUCCAUCGGAAAUGGUCCAUCACGUGGCGGAGCAUCGAAUCGUGGCAAUAGAGGACGCCCACCGAAAGAUAAAAUGGCUCAACUUGCCGCUUAUUUUGUUUAAAUUAUAGUAUUCAUCAUUGACAUUUUUAAGUUAGCAAAGUCAAUAUUAUAACAAACAGAAAAAUAUUUCUUCUUUUAAAAAAAAUUGCAAAUACUCCAGAUCAACUAACAGAGAAUUGUGAAUAUACAUGAUCCGCUCAUGUGAUAUUUAGUCAUUUUAUUUUGAACAAUUAAUUUACAAUACUGAUUUUAACAAUUUUGUGCAUUUUGAUUCAUAUUUUUUGUCGC